AGCAGCCCUCCCCUUGUGCUCUGGCAGCCUGAGCCUACGUAAAAUCAUUUGGUGAGGAGAGAAUCAAGAGGGAUCUGCUGGCUUGGACGUUGGCCUUAUGGUUAAAUCCAAACGCAAGACGAUAUUAAAUAGCCACUGUUUUGUCAGAGAAAAAGAGAAAACGAUAUCUACAAUGCCAGUUAUCGAACUGCCCGGUAAUAACCCAGAAAGUGAAAGUCCGAGGCGGUGUUCCCGCUGUUGCAGUAACCCGUGUCCGGGGCCUCUGUGGUGUUCCGAUGCCCCUCACCCACCCCUAAAGAUCCCAGGUGGGCGAGGGAAUGACCAGCGGGAUCGCAAUCUUUCAGCUAAGCUAUUCUACUCUGAUGCUCGGUUGCUGGUUCUUGAGGAGCCGCCCCCCGCCAAUGGCAGAGUGCGUUUCCUGCUCUUUGAGCCUCGUUGCUCAGAGGGCAAGCACUGUGUCUGGAGGGGGGUGCUGAAAGGGGGGAACAUCUACAUCGAGAUCCCCCCUGGAGCUCUGCCCGAGGGCAGCAAAGACAGUUUUGCUCUCCUGCUGGAAUGUGCGGAAGAGAAGCUGCUGGUUGACCAUGUCUUCAUCUGCUUCCACAAGAACCGAGACGACAGAGCAUCUCUGCUGCGUACCUUCAGCUUCCUGGGCUUUGAGAUUGUGAGACCGGGUCAUCCACUCAUCCCUACCCGCCCCGAUGCUUUCUUCAUGGCUUACAGAAUCGAACGAGACUCCUUCAACGAUUAAUAAUUGGUCACACAAAUGCGCAUAUAUAUAUAUAUAUACAUAUACAUAUACACACACACACACACGUUAGCUUUUACAUACCCUUCCCCAUCCCACUUCAUCACUUAAGGAAAAUAAAUAUGAUCAAAAUUCAUUAAGGUCAAGGUUUCCUGUGAAAUAGUUUAUUUACUUUGAUGUGAUGUAUUACAAUGACAUUUGUACUAGUGUGUAAUGUUAAACCAAGAAUGUACCCUUAUUAAAUCUGGGAAAUGUUUCCUCAACACUGUACAAAUUUCCAUGUGUAGUACUGAUUUCCUCCUUCCCCAUCCACUACAAUGAUCAUCUCUAGGCUGUACAAUUUAUGGUGAAAAUGUCCAUGCUGCAUAUUCAUGUUAUAUUAGUUGUGUUUUCUUGGGUAUUUCAAGUUGAUUUUCAUGUUUUAUAUUGAUUUGAUUUUAAUGUGUGCAUGAACUUUGAUUUCUAGUUUUGAUCCACUUGACUGAAAUCUGCAUGUUGUAACAAGUGCCCGAAUAAAAGUGCUCACCUUAACCAUAAGGCAUAAAUCCACUUGUUAUGUGUGUAGGAAUUGGGGAAAGGGCAUUGAAAUAUGUGUAACGAUUUACAAGAUGUUGUAUUUUGUGGGCACGUACCAGAGUUGUAGAAGCAUCUGUUUAAACUCGAUCAGUCUGUGUUGAAUUUAACAUAAUGCACUUUAAGUUGAUCUUUUAAAAUCUUUAAUGGGGCUCCUUGGAUCCAUGAAAUGUUAAUUAUAGAACACAGUGCAUAUAUGUUUGAUUUGGAGCUGAUAUGUAAUUUGCUCAAUAUCCUUGGAAAGCAAUGCUGUGGAAAAAUGUCUAAUAAAAAAGCAAACCUUUAAUGCA